UUGUGAAACGAACAGCACAAUGAUCGGAUCAACUCAGGUGUUCAUCUGGGUGUUGACCGGUCUGAUGGCCGUCCUCACUAGCUUCUUCAACCUGUACAUCAUCACGAUGAGUCUUGCGAGCUACAGGCAGCACAAGCACUGGACCCCCUGUGAGACCAUCAUCACAGCUCUGUCCGUGGCCAACAGCGUCCACCAACUGGUCUGCUACUUCUGGAUGACCAUGGACAAGAUCGACCCCUACUGCUACAUGCCCCAGACGCUUUACUCCCUGAUGCAACUAAGCGUCUCCAGCCUCAAGUUCACCGUCAUGUGGAACAGCGCUUUCCUGACCUUCUAUUACAGCACCAAGCUGGUCAUCUCUACCAUCCACUGCUACACCAAGAUCCAGGAGGCCAUCAUGAAGCACGUGACCACGGUACUCCUCCUCAUCCCCCUGUUGGGCCUGGGCGCCUGCAGUCCCAUGCUGGUGGUCCUCCAUCCACACAACCACACGGCAGCCGGCCUCGAUUGUGGCGUCGUCAUGCCCACCGACACCUCGGGAGACGUCUACCAGGCGGUGCACCUGAUCGUGGCUGACGUCCUCCCCGGCCUGGUGAUGUUGAAGUGCUGCGUGUCGAUCUCCGUCCACUUGGCCCUCCACCUGCGCCGCAUGAAGGCGACCACCGACGGCUCCCACGUCCCCAAGCUUGGCACUCAGAUGCGGGUGAUACGCAUGACUCUUAUGCUGGUGGCUCUGGACCUGUCCUUCCUCGUGGUGGAUCUCUACGUCCACUACCAGGUGUCUGCCAAACACAUCGGACUUUCCUUGCUGUUCACCUCCAUUUAUACCACCUUAAGUGCAGUGGUGCUGAUCUACGGGAAGAAGACCUUCUGGAAGAAUCUUCUCCACUCCUACAACAUCGGCCUGGACGAGUUUCCCUGUUUGGUCUUUCUGAAGGUACCAGAAAACAAGACCAAAAGCAACCCUGCCCAUCCAGUCAAACACUGA